AGCCUGGUGGCUGAAACUCUAGCCAUGGUGCCUGCCCUCCUCUCCCCGAUCCUCUCCCGCCUGGGCCUGUGGGCUUCUGGACUGAUCUUGGUCUUAGGCUUCCUGAAGCUCAGCUGCCUCCUACUGCGGAGGCAGAAGUUGGCCAGGGCCAUGGACAGCUUCCCAGGACCCCCCACCCACUGGCUCUUCGGGCAUGCUCUCGAGAUGCAGCAGACAGGGAGCCUGGAUAAAGUGGUGUCCUGGGCCCACCAGUUUCCCUAUGCCCACCCACUCUGGUUUGGACAGUUGCUCGGCUUCCUAAACAUCUAUGAGCCCGACUAUGCCAAAGCUGUGUACAGCCGUGGAGACCCUAAGGCCCCGGAUGUGUAUAACUUCUUCCUCCAGUGGAUCGGGAAAGGCCUGCUGGUUCUGGAGGGGUCCAAGUGGUUUCAGCACCGCAAGCUGCUCACACCUGGCUUCCAUUAUGAUGUGCUGAAGCCCUAUGUGGCUGUGUUUGCUGACUCCACGCGCGUCAUGCUGGACAAGUGGGAAGAAAAGGCUCGUGAGGGUAAGUCCUUUGACAUCUUCUGCGAUGUGGGCCGCAUGGCACUGGACUCACUCAUGAAGUGCACCUUUGGGAGAGGAGAGAGCGGCCUGGACGACAGCAGGGACAGCAGCUACUACCUGGCAGUCAGAGAUCUCACUCUGCUGAUGCAGCAGCGCCUUGAAUCCUUCCAGUACCAUAACGACUUCAUCUACUGGCUCACCCCACAUGGCCGCCGCUUCCUGCAGGCCUGCCAAGUGGCCCACAACCAUACAGACCAGGUCAUCAGGGAGCGGAAGGCAGCCCUGCAGGAUGAGAAAGAGCAGAAGAAGAUCCAGAACCGGAGACACCUGGACUUCCUGGACAUUCUCCUGUGUGCUCAGGAUGAAAAUGGGGUCAAGCUGUCAGAUGCAGACCUCCGGGCUGAAGUGGACACGUUCAUGUUUGAAGGCCAUGACACCACUACCAGUGGCAUCUCCUGGUUUCUCUACUGCAUGGCCCUGUACCCUGAGCAUCAGCGUCGCUGUAGGGAGGAGGCCUGCGAGAUCCUAGGGGACCGGGACUCCUUCCAGUGGGAUGAUCUGGGCAAGAUGACUUAUCUUACUAUGUGCAUCAAGGAGAGCUUUCGCCUCUACCCGCCUGUGCCCCAGGUGUACCGCCAGCUCAGCAAGCCUGUCAGCUUUGUUGAUGGCCGCUGUCUACCUGCAGGCAGCCUGAUCUCUCUGCACAUCUAUGCCCUCCAUAGGAACAGCACGGUGUGGCCUGAUCCUGAGGUCUUUGAUCCUUUGCGCUUUUCCCCCGAGAAUGUGGCCGGACGCCACCCCUUUGCCUUCAUGCCCUUCUCUGCCGGGCCCAGGAACUGCAUUGGGCAGCAGUUUGCCUUGAAUGAGAUGAAGGUGGUCACGGCCCUCUGCUUGCUCCGCUUUGAGUUCUCUCUGGACCCUACACGGCCACCUAUCAAGACAACACAAUUGGUCCUGCGCUCCAAGAAUGGUAUCCACCUCCACCUGAAGCCACUGGGCCCUGGGUCUGGGAAGUAGCUCUGAAG